GAUGAUCCACUCGGCCUCACCGUUCUACAUGUCCCGGACUCGGAGCAUCGGACGGUAGAUAUUUUGUUUAUACAUGGACUCGGGGGAACAAGUAUGCGCACAUGGUGCAAGAAUAGGGACUUGGACUUACUGUGGCCUAAGCAUUGGCUGCCUGAGGAGACAGAUCUCUCGACAGCUCGUAUCUUGACCUUUGGAUAUCACGCCCACUUCUCGACCAAGAAACAGCAAGCAUCCUUGAACAUUGGGGAAUUUGCCAACGACCUCCUGUUUCGCAUGAAAUAUGGCGAGGACGGCAAGGACAAAAUGGGCCAGGUACCCAUCAUAAUUGUUGCGCACUCCAUGGGAGGGCUGGUGUUCAAAAAGGCCUGUACCCCUUCUGACUUUAUGGAAAUUAUCCAUGGACAGCUGAAUGAAAAGUAUAAAAAGAUCACAUCGAGCAUCAAGUCCGUUCUGUUCCUCGCCACCCCGCAUCGAGGGACAGAUGUGGCUGAGACUUUGAACAAGAUGCUAUCUAGCUCUAUCUUCGGACACUCUCCAAAAGAUUACGUGACGGAAUUAACCAAGAAUAGCCCUACGAUUGACGAGCUCAACGAGCAGUUUCGACACCGUGCCGCCAAGUUAAAAGUAUUAUCCUUCUACGAGACCCUGGGCACCAAUAUAGGCCCUGUCAUUGUUAUGAUAUCAGAAAAGCAUUCUUCGGUUUUGUGUUAUCAAGACGAAACGCCGCAACCAUUGGUGGCUAAUCAUCACGACGUCUGCAAGUUUACUAGUCCUGACGACUCCAAUUACAAAUCCGUUAGAGGCGCUUUGCGUAGUGUUGUGAAUACGCUGCGAUUUUCCGGAGCCGGUGACCCUGGGGCUGAACAAGAUCUGGAGGCGGUACAGAAGUGGCUCAGAACCACCGGAGCACCCGACGAUGACAUGACUGCCUUCCGAUCCGUUUGA